CUCGGUCUUUCAAGGACGAUGCAUAUCGUGCUUUUGUAUGGGACGUUCUCAGAAUUGUAGCAGUGCAAGAGUGUACCGUGGCAGGCUCGCUCUAGAAUUGAAAACUGAUGCCCGUCUCACUGAUGUGCCAUUGGUGGAUGUGCAUGGAUCUUAAGUGUCCGGUAUUACCUAUAAACGGGAUCCCUUUAGCAAUGUGAUAUCAGCCCUGGUUACGUCGGAAGGAAAAUUACAUUUCUGGGCUUUGCCAAAAAAGUUUAUGGGCAACAAACUAUCAAGUUAUGGCGGAAAACUACGUUACACUGUCAAGAAUGUCAUUGGCAAUGCAUCGGCGAAUGAGGAAAAUGUUCCAUCGAGAAAAGUGAGAAGUGCAGGAGAAAUGCUCAGUUUAGAGGCUUUAAUAGACAAAUAUGCCACCGAUGAUGUCCGCGACGUAGAAGACACUGACAUUGACAUCGACACUGACGCAUCAGGAACAGAGGACCCUUCUUUGGAUGUUUCAGAAAAUACUUUGUCUAUUCUUACGACGCAGCUUACACCCAGUAGAGUUAAAGAAACUCCACCUAUUUUACCCGAAACUAACGCAACGUCAAAACAUCCUAUCAGUUCCGAUGACUCCAGAAACGUCACAGAGAAUUCUGGAGCCCCAACUGCAGCAACAAACUCCGCAACUGAACGAACAGGAACAAAACCUCCACCAACCAUCGACACGGGAAAUAUUUUGACAACACCAACUGUAGAAACAACACCCUCUGUAGAGGUUGACGGAGACACCGACCUAAAUAUUCUCUCGGAAAAUGAAGAAACAAAAAGAGUUUUUAGGAUAGUUUCCACUAGGUCCGAGCUGCCGGCAACCACAGCAACUCGACUGACGAAAGGGGAAACUGUACCUUUUCAAACAACUCGAGCAGUUUCUGACGGGUUAAUCGCGACAUCGGCAACUCACACUUCUCUCACAACAUCGAAUCCUUUGCCUCAAAGUCGCGACGAAACAACCCCAACUGUUUUCUUUUCAUCCCUAAGUACCCCGGAACCUACCUCGAAAGCUAUCGCAACUACCCCAAACACGUAUGACACAACAAAGAGUGCAUUAAUAGGCAGUGAAGAAGCCAAAACAACAUCCUCAACUUACGGCAGUGACAGUCCAACAUUAGAAAUGGUGACAACAAUACCAGACAUAGCUUACACGACAACUAAUUUAAUAUCCUCGAGGAGUAAUUUACUAGAAACUUUUCCCUCCGAGCCUAAUGCACCGAACAAUGGUCAAGAUGGGCCACCCACCAACGUACCUUAUUCGACUUUCAGCACUUCUACAAAGACGAGACCACCAGAAACGUUUUCCACAGCACCUAGUCGAGUCACCGAUAUACGAGAGGAUUCAACUACUGCCGCUGCAGUGCCUUCAGCUCACACCACCACGGAGCUUACUGAUCAUCCAUUGACAGAAAUGUCGCAAACUCCCCUCCCUAAUACGGAUCACAACAGCAUCGAGAGGGCUACCACGGAAUACGUUUCAGUAUCUCCACAUACGUCUGGAACGACAAUGAUAACAUCGAGUGGUGCGAAUCAAGAAAUAAUUAACACCGAGUCGGUUUCAGCUGACAUUACUGACGUUCCUACUUCGAGAACCGCCACAAAACCAAAUACGUUUCACAGUACAACUCCUGAAUCAGCUGUCACCAAAAGUGAUACAACUGGCAUUAUAUCUUCUUCCCAGUAUGUUUUCAAAACCGCUUCCCAUAAAAUUAGGACAUUGUCAGGCGAGGCGAAUGAUAGCGAAGAUGUCAUUACCACUGCGAUAUCUCCUUCGGCUUACAGCAACGAACAACUUUUUUCGGAAUCUUCGCCAUCCGUAACAGAUUCGUCUUUAACCAAAAUAUCACCGGACGGUGAAGAUACAUUAACUGCCUCUGAUCUUCUUCCUGCUUCUAUCACACACUCGCCUUCCACACAAAUACCAGAUACUUCUCAUACAAGGAGAGUAUCAGACACCUCUUACACAUUAACAACUUCAGUCGGUGAUCGAGAUGAAACCACUUACAUCCCGAGAUCUUCAGACUACAAAACUGAUAUUCCUUCUUCAAAAACCGUGAGAUCGACCACAGACCCUUCUUUCACAACAACCAGUGAAUCAACCAAUGUCCAAUUUGAAACAAGUACCUCGAUGCCUCCCUUAUCCUACAGUACUGAGAGAUCACCAGAUGUAUUUCACUUAACAACGAAAAAAUCAACGGAUAGUCCAGAUGGACCUCUUACCGCCGAUGUACAAGUACCAACUACUUCUUACAAUUUGACGGGUACCUCUACUGCUGGCAAAGAUGAAGCAACCACUUUCACUGAUCUAUCAGUUAUUAGAACGGAAAUGCCAGCUGCUAAGAAAGAAAUAACAAUAGCACCUAGAACGGAUGCAACUUCUGUAGAUGGUCAAGAUGAAACAACCACUGCUUUUCCUUCUUCAGCCUAUCGCAGCAGCAUUCCGCCCUUCAAAACCGGAAUAACUGGCGCUGCAGAUGAAAAAAGGAACACUGUACCUCCUACGACGUACAGUUCCAACCAAGUAGCCCCAGAAUACACCAAACAGUUACCAGAUGGAACAGACACAACAUCUGUCGAUGGUCAAGAUGAAACAACCACUGCCUUCCCUUCUUCAGCCUACCGCAGCGGCAUUCCACCCUCCAAAACCGGAAUAACUGGCACUGUAGAUGAGGAAAGGAACACUGUACCUCCUACGACGCACAGUUCCAACCAAGUAGCCCCAGAGUACACCAAACAGAUACCAGAUAGAACAGACACAACAUCUGUCGAUAAUCAAGAUGAAACAACCACUGCCUUUUCUUCCUCACCUUAUGGCAGCAGCAUUCCACCCUUGGAAACCGGAAUAACUGACACAGUAGAUGAAACAAGCACCACUGUGCCCCCUACGACGUACAGUUCUAACCGGAUAGCCCCAGAAUACACCAAACAGGUACCAGAUAGAAGAGACACAACAUCUGUCGAUGGUCAAGAUGAAACAACCACUGCCUUUCCCUCUUCAGCCUAUAGCAGCAGUAUUCCACCCUCGAAAACUGGAAUAACUGACACAGUAGAUAAAACAAGCACCACUGCACCCCCUACGACAUACAGUUCUAACCAGGUGGCCCCAGAAUACACCAAACAGGCACCAGAUAGAACAGACACAACAUCUAUCGAAGGUCAAAAUGAAACAACUACUGCCUUUCCUUCUUCAGCCUAUAGCAGUAGCAUUCCACCCUCGCAAACCGGAAUAACUGACACAGUAGAUGAAACAAGCACCACUGUACCUCCUACGACAUACAUUUCUAAUCAGAUAGUCCCAGAAUACACCAAACAGGUACCAGGUACAUCUUACACAGAAAGAGGUGUACCUACUGAUAGCGUAAAUGUCAAAAUCAUGACUGUAGUUCCAUCAUCCUAUAUAAGGGAAGGACCAACAACAGACUCUGUAACAACCAAGUCGAGUACGUCUUAUUCGAGUACAACACCGGUCCCUGGUGAAGAUGGAACAGCCACUAACGUGUAUCCUACACCCCACAGUACUGCUGGACCUUCCUCGAAAACGACAAGAAAGAAACCAAGCACGUCACCUUCAGACGUGGUGUUAGUCGAUCGCGGAGAUGGCUCGACCACCAAGCUUCCUUCUUCAGGUUAUAGUACUGACACGACUACCUUGACAAAUGAAAAAUCAACGAUGCCUGAUACAUUUUACACCCCAACGAAAUCGUCAACAGGUCAAAUCGAUGGUGGGGAUGAAGUGACAACUGCUGCACCUGCUUCAUACCACAGUACCGAUAGAGUCACUCGGAAAACGGUGUCAGCUAUCUCCGGCGAAUCCCACACGAAAACAGUGGUAGCCACCACUAGUUACGGAAAAAAAACCGAUGGAACGGGGAAACCAACCUCAGAAUCCGUAUCGACCUUAUCUGUUGCCUCCUCUACAGGUCAAACAUCGGUCGAUGGUGAUGAUGGAAUAACCACUGAAAUCCCUCCUUCAGCAUACAGUACCGUUGAGACUACCCCGAGAACAGAUGGGGUAGUAACGGUCGAUCGCGAAGAUAUAUUGAUCAGUACUGUCCCUCCUUCAGGCUACAGUACUGACACAAAUAUCAUGACAACCGUAGCAACGAUACCAGCAACAUUUCAUUCAUCAAUGAAAGUGCCGACCGACCAGACCGGCACUAGCGAUGAAAGAACCACCACUGCGCCCUCCACAUCCCGCAGUACUGAGACAACGAUGGCACCUACCACUGGUGACGAAACAGCAGCAUACGUAGCAGAGAAGCAGACCUCAGAAACCCUGACAACAUUAUCAAGUGUGUCUUACGCAAGCGCACCACCUGUCUAUGGUGAGGGUGAAACAAACACUGGCGAGCCUUCUUCUGGCUACGGUGCUGAUGGGACUACCACGACAGUAGCUAAGCUGCCAAGCUCUCGCACAACGGCGACAGCAACUGCAGAGGCAUCGAAAACGAAAAAGAUAAUGGCCAUCAUAGGUAACGAGGAAACAACCAAGGCUGUGCCUAACGUGACUUACAGCAGAAACAGCCCUUCCUUUACAACAGUGUCGACAAUCACGAAUAUAUUACAAACAAAAUCAAGGGUACUGACAGGAACAAAUGAUUUUAUCACCACAUCUGUGCCUUCGACAGCCUACGGUACUUCGACGGCUACUACGGAAUCCACAUCGUCUACCGCGACAUCGACAAGAGAACCGACGUCGCAAAAAACAACACAAGAUAUAACACCCUCAACCCCUGUAACUCAGCCCACAGCCUCUCCACCUUCCAUGGUUGGGAAAGGAACAGAAGCAGUACGGAUCAUGGGAAGAGAUGGAAGCGUAAUUGUCUAUCAUGGAAUCCAACCGGGCUCUGGGAAUGACAAGGCUACUAUUGAGAUCAAGCUCACUGAGGAGGGAUGGCGUUCAACUGAUGGAGUGCCAGCCUCCAGGGAAAGUUUCAUGAGGGUAUUGUCAGAUGUUCAGGGAAUAUUCAUAAGGGCCUCUUAUGACCAUCGACGCUCCACUUUAGUCGAGUCAGUUAGCAUUAAAGAUGUCUCUCUCGAUGUGGGAUCUCAAGAAGACGCAGGCCACGGCAAAGCGUUAUUGGUAGAGAAGUGCGAAUGCGCAGAAGGCUACGAUGGACUUUCCUGCGAAUAUUGUUCCCCAGGCUACACGCGGACUAGUGAUGGACUUAAUUGUACGAAGUGUUCUUGUAAUGGACAUUCAGAUGUUUGUGACCAGGAAAACGGCACUUGCAUCGACUGCCGUUACAACACCGAAGGGUCGAACUGUGAAAGGUGUCGACCGGGUUACUUUGGAAACGCCUUGACAGGAACGUCCACUGACUGCAAGCCAUGCCCUUGCCCGCUGACCAUAUCUCCAAACCAGUUUAGUCCAACUUGUUUCUUGGACAGCGACGGUCUUCCAACCUGUGACGCAUGUCCUGUAGGAUAUUCUGGACGAAAUUGCGAGAUGUAA